AUGGGCCAAUCCAAGACCAAAUUCUGCAUUAUCGUCUGCGGGCUGGACAACAGCGGGAAGACGACCCUCGUCAACGCCCUCAAACCGCGGGAACGCCGGGCAGGGACGAUCACAGCGACAGUGGGCUGCCAAACCGACGAGUUCAGCCUUUCCAAAGUUCAUUUCACCGCCUUCGACAUGGGCGGCGCGAAGAAGUUCCGCGCGUUGUGGGAGAGUUAUUACGGCAGCGUGCAGGGGAUUAUCUUCGUCAUCGACAGCAGCGACCCCCUGCGGCUGUGUGUGGUGCGGGAUGAGAUUAGCCAGAUCGUGGAGCACCCGGAUAUCGUCCAGAAACGACUGCCGUUUUUGUUCUUUGCGAAUAAAAUGGACGUGAAAAACUCAAAGGCCCCGAUCGAUCUCAUUCAGACUUUGGAACUUACCAAGCUCAUGGCAAAUCAUUCGUUUAAUAUUUUUGCGUCGAACGCGCUGACGGGUGCAGGGUUAGUUGAAGGGGUUAAGUGGCUACGAGAUGUAAUGUUGAAAAAGAAUACAGGUAAGAAAUAGAACUCAUGAAAGGAAGCCGAGCGUGCAGAUAUCAAAGUGACUAAAAGUAAAAGCGAACCACUACUACAAGUCCACCUAAAGGUCUCAUCGCUUAUCAUUCCUUAAUUGCCUGAUGAGAAAGGGUAAAGAAUCUGCAUGGUUUUUCUUACUUGAGUUUUAGUUUUCCCUUUGGGGCAAGGGGUAUGGUUAAAACAUCCUAAGAUUUGCUAUUUGAUCGUUGGUAUUGGUUUUACCCUUGCUGUUGGCUAGCUCAUAGUUGCGCAACCUCAAGUACUUGUAUAUCAAUCAAAUUGUGUACUAGCCGUAUAUGUGCAUAGAAAAAGAUUUAGUUUUUAUACUGGUUAGGUAUCCAAGAGGGAACGCUAAUCUAAGAAGGAUACCAGCAUACAUAUAGAAUACA